AUGGCGCUGGCGGCCCCCGCGCUCCGGCGGUACCUGCUGCUGCUGGCGCAGGAGCACCUCGCGUUCCGCCUGCCGGAAAUAGCAUCUUUGCUUUCACUUUAUGGUGGACAGUUCAGUGGUGAGCAGGAAAUUCGUGUAAACUCUCCAUUUUGGAUUCUCAGUAUUCCUUCAGAAGAGAUGGCAAGGGAACUAAUGAAACGGACAGUAUGUGCAAAGUCUAUAUUUGAACUGUGGGGUCAUGGAAGAUCUGCAGGGGAGCUCUAUGCAUCUUUGAAGAACUACCCAAUGGGUAAGAUGCUUCCAUAUCUACAGUCAGACUCUACUUACAAAAUACAUAUUCAUACAUUUAAUAAAACACUGACACAAGCACAGAAAAUAAAAAAGAUAGAUGCCCUUGAAUUUCUGCCAUUCAAAGGAAAAGUAAAUUUAAAGAACCCAGAACACAUUUUCUGGAUUUUGGAAGAUUAUGGAAUGGAUCCUAAUAAUGUUCCAGAAGAGCCCUUUCAUCUGUAUUUUGGUAGAUGGAUUGCAGAUGGCCAAAGAGAACUUAUCGAGUCUUACAGUGUAAAAAAGAGACACUUUAUUGGAAAUACUAGCAUGGAUGCCUGCCUGUCUUUCAUUAUGGCAAACCAUGGGAAAGUAAAACCCAAUGAUGUUGUGUAUGAUCCCUUUGUUGGAACAGGUGGCCUUCUAAUCUCCUCAGCACACUUUGGAGCGUAUGUGUGUGGUACUGAUAUAGAUUACAACACAAUCCAUGGAUUAGGCAAGGCAAGCAGAAAGAACCAGAAAUGGAGAGGGCCAGAUGAAAAUAUCAGAGCUAAUCUCCGACAGUAUGGUUUAGAGAAAUACUACCUCGAUGCACUAGUUUCUGAUUCUUCAAGACCAAUAUGGCGAAAAGGAAUGCUGUUUGAUGCAAUCAUUACAGAUCCACCAUAUGGUAUCAGAGAAGCUACUCGCAGAACGGGUUCACAAAAGGAAACAGUUAAGUCAGCUGAAAGAAGCACAGAAAAUCACGUCUUCGUUUCAUCCAAUUAUCAUCUAAGUGACAUCUUUUUUGACCUGUUGAAGUUUGCGGCAGAAUAUCUGGUGAUGGGAGGAAGAUUAGUUUACUGGCUGCCGAUAUACAGGCCUGAAUACACAGAAGAGAUCAUUCCUCGCCACCCGUGCCUGCAACUUAUUAGCAACUGUGAGCAGAUGCUUUCCAGCCACACAUCAAGGCGCCUGAUAACCAUGGAAAAGGUGAAGGAAUUCAAGGAUCAAGAUCAGAAUUCUUACUUGUUGGAUGGCCAAUAUAUGCCAUACAGGGGACACAAUUCAUUCCGUGAGAAGUAUUUCAGUGGUGUGACAAAGAGGAUUGCCAAGGAAGAAAAAGACAAUCAGAAGUAAAAUAUAAUAUAAACAAAUUAAAAAAUGAGGAAAGAAUGAAGAUCGUGUUUCUUUGUAAGGACAUCUGGAUAUGAAUGUUCAUUUGGAUGCUUCAGAAAAAUAAAUACUGCUUUUAAUUUUAAAACAAGUUGAAACCCACAACACAGGUUGAGAGCAGUUCUUUUUAAUUAGCUUUGUUUAUAGCGGAUUUUAUUGUACAAGUUUUUUGAGUCUUAUUUAAUUUAUAUUUGUACUUUCAAGUAUUAAUGAUGAUUGACUAAAACCAUUAUUAUUGUUCUUUCACCAUUAAUGUUUAAAAAAAAGUAGUAGUAUUAUUUGGCUUCUUAAACUGUGAACAUCUGCCUGUUUUAGAAACACGUGGUGGUGAUCAAGGAUUGCUUA